UGGCAUCUGUAACACUGAAUUUGCCAGAACAGAAUCUGAUCAGGAUGGGAUUGGGAUCAGACGUCGCGAACAUCAUUGUUAACCCUAUUGACAUCCGGCGUAGAUAGGUCAAACUCAAAUAAAACAAAGUCAAUCACUAUGAAUUCGGGCCAGCGAUCUUCAUAUAACAACCGUAGCCUUUCAGAAGAAAUUGAAGACGAACAGGUAUGGACAGAUGAUCAAUCUAAUUUAUCAUCGGAAUGCAGUCAUAGUAGUUGUGAUUCUCGUACAUAUGAGUGGAGCCCAUUUAUUGAGGGCAGUACAUUGCUUUACAUCAAGUUCGAUUUGGUUUAUCACGCGAAACCGAUCGUUUUUGAUGACGAUCUAUUUUUUCGCAAUGAGUACAAACGCCUUUCAAUCAGGAAAAAAGAAAACAUUCUCUCCAAAUUUGGACACCGCGAAAAAAAUAAGCACAAAAUGUUUAAGGUGAGCAUCAUUGAUACAAUUAGAAAAGAGCAGCUUAAUGGACUGAAUAAGGAGAUUAUUAUCAGUAUUGCGCCGAAAAGGAAUAUAGUUCUUAAAGAGGUGCUGCCAUUAUCCGAUACUAUUCUUGGCAUUUCGACGUCGUUGUUUCCGGAUGGUAAAAAAUUAAUGGUCAACAAAAUUAAGGAUUUUUCUGUGUUCAACCGUACUAAACUGGUCAAGUCUAAAGACUGGAUCAAAAGCAUUGAUACCGAGGCAGUAACAGUAGACAAUCUAGAAUCUUUGCUUGAAGGAUCAACUAAAAUUCCUACGAUUGUCAAAAUUACUUUUUUUGAAAUGAUUGAACAUGAUAUCUCGAAUGCUAUAGAAAUCAAAAUAACAAAUUUAAUGGAUCUCAUUCAAAGCCAGGAAACUUUAUUUAAUAAAGACGACAUUCAAACAAUGAGUAGCAACGAUUUGAUUUUUAGCAUGAUCUUUAUUUCGAAGGAGUAUACCCAAAACGACGAAUUAGAUGUCAAAUUUUGUUAUCCUACCAAGGAGAACAAUUUGCUGUUUAAUUCAAAAGGAAGUUUCGUAACACUGCAUUCUAUUUUUAGUUCUUCUUUUGGGACAAGAACCGAAAUGACUAACCUAAAGGUCCGCAAUGUUCUCUUUUAUACAACAUAUAAUUUUUUCGAAGAUGGAAUUCUACUGUUUGGAUUUAAUUCGAAAUAUUCAGCAUUUUUUUCUGUGAAACAGAAGAGUGAGCAGAUAUGUCGGUUACUAAGCAUUUUGUACUCUGACUGUUCAGCAGUUUUCAAUUUACCGGUUGAGCAGCAAACCGAGCUAAUGCAGCUAUGUGAGUUGAUACGUCAUUCUAUAAAAACCAAUCGAAGCAUCGAUAAAUUUGAAAAAACAUUCCUGGAACCGCAUUUCGUGCCUCUACCAAAGGAAAUACAGUUGCGCAUUGAUGAUGCGCUGGGAGAGCUUGAAGCGAUGGACUAUCGCAACUGGAAUGACGAACUAGUGGAUUUAUUCUGUGAUGUAACCAUAAUUGGAUGCUGCUUGUACUAUAAUCAGUAUUUGGUCUGUUCGCAUUUAAAUGGUUCCUACCUAAAAGAUAUCGAGGCAGUAUUAAAAAAUUUUGGUAUCUUCGAAGUUAUUUGCACAACGAAUAUAAAAAAUCUUGCUUUUUGGCGAAAAUUUUACCCCCGCGACUAUUGCGAAUGUAAAUUUAACGAAACGAAUGAUGCCUAUUUUUUGUUAGUUUCAAUCGGUCAUUUGUUGAUGAUAGUCAUUUUAGAGGUUCCCAUCGAUACAAACCAUAAUAGAUCACUUUCGCGCUAUGUAGAGGAAAUACAGGACAUGUUAGAGUAUUUCAAAUCAACAGGAAUUGAACAUCUAGUUCGAAUCUGGAUAGAAUCAAACCGGCGACCACAAUGCAUUUCUACGUUAGUCUCCAAACAAGAAUGUCAAACAGAAGAGCGAUCUACGUUCCGUAAUCAUGACGAGGAAUCGAACGCCUCGAGUUCAAUUAAGAACCAUGCAUUAAAAGACGAUGGUGAUAAUGAUCAUGAUGAUGAUGAUGAUUCGGAUUGGGGCCAGAGCAUUGAUAGCAGCCAACAAAGCAGUAAUUUUGAUGCAAAUGAAAUUUCUGACAACCGCUGUAAGGAAUUUUCGGAACUUAUUCCUAGUAUGCUAACCUUUGGCAACGAAAACUUGCUCUAUUACUUUGUUCAGUUGGAAGUGGGUGACGGACUGUUUCUAGCUCCGGUUCUUAGUUCGGUUCAGGCAAAACAUGAUAUAAUUAUGAAUACAUUUCGUAAAACAUGUACAUUGAUACAUAAUACUUUACAAAACACUAAAAAGUUUCGUGAUUUAUUAUCUAAUGAUACGAAAAUCGGUUUUAAUCAUCGAUCGUUAGUUGCUGUUAAAGAGCAAGGAAUGCUGAUGUCCGUACCAAAAGAGUCCAAUCCAAAUGAAAGAAUUGAGUUUUGGGUAAUAGGAAGACUCUUUAAUACACCAUCCCGAGAAUUAUACGUAUGUCACCGUGCUGAUGCCCCGCAAAACAUGGUAGAAUUAGCUUUCCGAAUAUGCCUAACUUGUGCGGGAUAAAAGCCUUAGUUUUUUAUUUUCUUUCGGAAUAAUCAUGCUCAUUUGAAUUCACAUUUUCAUUUUCUUUCCAAUAAGAUUUGAUCGGCCUUUAGAGUAAUAUCUUGAAAUUCGUUCGAAUCUGCCUUAAUUUAAAAAAAAAAUUUAAA